CACACAGGACUGGCGAUAUCAGACGUCAUCUGGCAGCAGUUACGGCUGCGGAACAAAACACAACAACAGAUUGUCGGGGUACAUCACAUCUCCUAACUACCCAGGGGACUACUUCAACAACGCCCACUGCGAAUACAUCAUCGACCCUGGCACUUACGUCUACCUUAGCGUCGUCGACAAAUACCUGGAGUCUUGCUGUGACCAUCUCGUGAUUUAUGACCAACAUGGAAACGACGUGACUGGCAAUGUUUAUCUUUAUGGGAGGUACUUCCGGGUUGUGUUUACUUCUGACGGCAGCAAUGUCCAAAGAGGCUUCAAACUGUACUAUGGUCCAGAUGACUCAUCAUUCCCGACGUAUCCCACGACAGACUCAAGUUACAACAGACAGUCAUCAAGCCCCUACCCUUGGAAUGGAAUGGCGACCACAUACCCGUGGUAUUGGUCCACUACAGACAGAGGCUGGGGCUCCCGAUGGCCUUACGCAAGCACUGAAGGAACCACGUCAGACUGGCGAUAUCAGACGUCAUCUGGUUACGCUUGUGGGGAGACGAGCUACAGCACCAGUGGCGUUUUCCAAUCUCCGAACUACCCCAGCAACUACUCCAACAACCUCUACUGUGUCUACGGGAUCUACCCAUCUUACAACAUAGAACUGAGCAUUGACGAUUUGAUGUUAGAACAGAAUUAUGACAUCCUGAGGAUUUCAUACGAAGAUGUGUAUGGGUACCAACGGAAUGUGUCAUUUACCGGUGACAGUCGUGACACAAUAGUUGGCAGACAGUUUAAAAUGACCUUCACAACUGACGGAAGCAAUACUCGCCAAGGAUUCAGGCUGUCCUGGAGGAGAUAUGGUACCGCAGUAUAAUAGCUCUAACCCUGAUA